AUGAACUUGUUUGAGCUGGAGGAGAUAAGAAUGAAUGCCUAUGAGAACUCUAGGAUUUACAAGAUGAGAACCAAGGCAGCCCACGACAAACUGAUUCGCCUUAAGGACUUCAAGGUUGGGGACAGUGUGCUCUUGUAUAACUCCAAGCUAAGGUUGUUUCCCGGGAAGCUGAGGUCAAAGUGGGCGGGACCAUUCAAGAUUCACGAAGUUCUACCCUAUGGGUCCCUCACUUUGCUCAAUCAAGAGGGGAAGGAAUUCACAGUGAAUGGACAUAGAUGCAAGCCAUAUCUAGGAAUGACCCCCACAGAGGAGAUCAUCACUCCUCUAGAAGAUCCAACCCCGGCCUAA